GUGGCUCCUCUGAUUUCGGAAGAUGGAAUUCCAUUCAGGGAAGCUACAUUGAUAACGGAUGACAAUGUUAAAAUUCGAGCAUAUGUUUGCAAACCUAUUAAUGAGGAAGAAGCUCGAAAAAGACCAACAAUAUUAGUUUUGCAUGUACGUAAACCUACUGAAGCAGGCAUCAAGAUUGAUGCACAG